AUGUCCUCAACAAAGUCGGGGAUCAAGGUCAUCAUUGUCGGUGCUGGAUUUGGCGGUUUGACAGCUGCCAUUGAAUGCCACCGACAAGGCCAUGAUGUUGAGAUCUAUGAAUCUUUUCCUGAACUCAAGGUUCUUGGAGAUAUCAUCUCCUUUGGUGCCAAUGCCGGGAGGAUCUUUUACCGAUGGUCCGACGGAGAAAUUGUGGAAAAACUUCGUCCCCUUUGCAUCGAUAUUCAGGAGUAUGGAUUCAGAAUUCACAAGUAUGACACCGGAGAGGUUGUCUAUCACCAGAAGAGAGCCCCUCCCAGCCCCGAUGCGCCCGUCUUGAACGGUCAUAGAGGCGAGCUGCAUGAGGUCAUCUUCAACUACGCCCGUGACGAGCUCGGUAUUCCCAUUCACCUUGGUCAGCGGGUGAGUGAAUACUUUGAGACCGAGGCGGGCGCUGGAAUUGUGCUCAAGAGUGGCAAGAAGAUUCUUGGCGACGUCGUGAUUGGAGCCGAUGGUGUCCGCUCAAAGGCCAGGGAGCUUGUUCUGGGGUAUUUCGACAAGCCCAAGAGCAGCGGCUACGCGGUGUGGAGAGCUUGGUUCUCCAACAAGGACAUGAUCAAGGACCCACGGACAAAGGAGUUCUGUGAGAACGGCGAUACCUUCAACGGUUGGGUUGGAAAGGAUUGCCACUUCCUCUUCUCCACACUCAAGGGCGGCAAGGACUGCUGUUGGGUCCUGACACACAAAGACGAUCACGAUAUUGACGAGUCAUGGUCAUUCCCUGGCAAGGUUGAAGAGGUGUUGGAGGUGCUGAAGGACUGGGACCCGACUUGCCGAGCCAUUGUCGAGAAGACGCCCUCUGUUGUGGAUUGGAAGCUGGUCUAUCGGGAUCCCUUGCCGACUUGGAUCAGCAAGAAGGGCCGCAUUGCUCUUCUUGGCGACGCAGCUCACCCAUUCUUGCCAACGAGUGCUCAAGGCGCAACUCAGGCGAUGGAGGAUGGAGUGACGAUUGCAGUCUGCUUGAAGCGUGCAGGCAAGGGAAAUGUCCCCGGUGCUCUGCGAACGCACCAAGGCUUGAGAUACGAUCGUGUGAGGGCCGUCCAAAAGACUGGCGAGUCGACGCGCGACCUGUGGCACAAGACAGACUGGGCCAAGGUCAAGGAGAACCCUUCCAGCAUUGGCUUUCCCAGAGAAGAUUGGAUCCAUGGGUUUGACGCUGAGAAGUAUGCAGAGGAGAAUUUUGAUAGCGUCCUUGAGGAGCAGACACGUCCGGUUGCAGACAAAGCCGAGACUUUCUUGGAUCAAGGGGUAGCCAAGGCUACGGUAGUAAACUGA